ACUUUAUCGAACACACAUGGAUAUAUAGAUCAAAAUCUAGGGUGGUUUUAAAAAGUAAUUUUCUCUAAAAUAAAACUAUUGUCGGCGAUGCUCAAAAGCAAAGUGUGGAGAUUUGUGUAACAAAACAAUGGUUAGAGAAACACAACAAUCACAUUUUGAAUUGUUCAAGUAUCUAUUGUAAAGCGGGAAAGUUGUAGAAACCCAUAUCAUAUAGUUCAAAAGCACGACGAUCGCACUACAAUCUCCAGUCUCUGCACCACCAAAACCAAACCCCAUUCCUAAACCCUUCUAUCGGAUUUGUUCUUCGGCCGUCCACAAUCUCUCCGGCAGAAGGAAGGCGGUUCCAUUUCCAACUCAGGAAUGGCCGAUUCCACCACCAGUAGGAAGAAACCACUCAGUUUGAACGAUCGUCAUUACCGCCUCCUUCAGGAUCUUUCUGCUCCUCCAAAACCCUCUUUGGCAACCGCUGCUGAUGAUAGAGAAGGAGACGAAGAUGUAAAACCUUCGAGAAUCGGACUUGAGAAUCAACAUCGCUUCAGUGAAGUAUCGUCUAAUGUUGACGAAUUUAAUGAUGAUAAAGUUCUGCAGUCUUCAGGUGUUAAUGUCGAAGAAAAGACGAUGAAGGUUAAGAUCAAUGGCCGACGCCGUCUGUGCAAACUCUCGUCUCGAGAAGAUGAUUGCUUGGACAAUCCAGAGGGGUUCCAUUUCAAUGCACCCAAUUUUUCUGGUAUUACGGAUUUCGAUUCCCCUUCUCCGCCACCUCCACUACCCGUUGAAAAUAGCGUUAACAAGGGAAGUGAAAUCAGGGAUAUCCUGAAUGACUUGAGCACGAGGCUUGAGCUUUUGUCUGUCGAGAAAAGGCGAGAAAAGCCAAAAAAAAUUGAUUAUCUAGAAGACUACUCGGCUUCUUACGGUGGAAAAGGGUACGGGGAAGCAAAUAAAGCCGAUGAUCGUGAGGUUGAUAGUCUGAAGUUCUCCACUAAAACAUCUAAUUCCUUGUUUGGUGAAAGUGGGAAAGUAGAAAAAGUUGUCAAGACUCUGAACGUCGGUGGGAGUGGUGAGUACGGAGAACAAAUUCUUCCAAAUAAGGUGAGGGUAGAUGUGUUUGACGAGGGAAUUCAUGAAGUUGAUACGUGCAGUAAAGAUAGUGAACAACUUCUGAAUUUAGAGCAUGCAAGUAAUAAACAUGACAAAGGACGAGAUAAAUUCAGGAGUCAGGAUGUCCAAAAAACGUACAAUUCCCUAGGAAAAAGUCCUGUGUUGAUAGAUGAAAGAGAGGUAGAGGAUGAGGAUGAUUGCGUAGUUCUGAAUCAUGAAACAAGGGAUUUUAAUGAAGUAAGAAGGCAACAUGGCAAAUAUGAAGAGAAGGAUAAUGGUUCUGAUGGGCUUGACAUGUUUGAUAAGUCUGGCGAGGAUUUUAUCUUGGAGGGGAAAAGCUCCACUGGUCACAAUUCUACUUUCAAAUUGCAAGGUAGAAUUGCAACGAUGCUGUAUCCACAUCAACGUGAUGGGUUGCAGUGGCUGUGGUCUCUACAUUGUCAGGGCAAGGGCGGAAUUUUAGGUGAUGACAUGGGUUUAGGGAAAACAAUGCAGAUUUGUGGCUUUCUAGCUGGUCUUUUUUAUUCGCGUUUAAUAAAGAGGGUCUUGGUUGUGGCUCCUAAAACGCUCCUGCCCCAUUGGAUUAAAGAGUUAUCUGUUGUGGGUCUUUCUGAGAAGACGAGAGAAUACUAUGGGACGUCAGCUAAACUUCGGCAAUAUGAGCUUAAUUAUAUUCUCCAGGAUAAAGGUGUUCUUCUUACGACUUAUGAUAUUGUGAGGAAUAAUUCAAAGUCUUUGCAAGGAAACUGCUUCUCUGAAGACGAGGAAACUGAGGAUGGAACAACAUGGGAUUACAUGAUCCUUGAUGAGGGUCAUCUUAUAAAGAAUCCUAGCACUCAAAGAGCCAAAAGUUUGCUUGAUAUACCCAGUGCUCAUCGCAUAAUUAUAAGCGGCACACCAUUGCAAAACAAUCUGAAGGAACUGUGGGCCCUGUUUAACUUUUGCUGUCCUGACCUAUUGGGUGACAAGCACUGGUUUAAAGAACACUACGAGUCAGCAAUUCUUCGUGGAAAUGACAAAAAGGCUUCUGAAAGAGAUAAGCGGAUCGGUUCAGUGGUUGCAAAGGGUUUAAGGGAACGCAUCCAACCCUACUUUUUGCGUCGUAUGAAGAGUGAAGUGUUUAAUGAGGAUAAUGAUCAAGCUGCUACCAAACUCUCUAAAAAGAAUGACAUUAUUGUUUGGCUCAGACUGACUAGUUGUCAGCGACAACUUUAUGAAGCUUUCUUGAAGAGUGAUUUGGCACUUUCUGCAUUCGAUGGCUCAGUAUUGGCUGCCAUUACGAUUCUUAAGAAGAUAUGCGAUCAUCCUCUUCUUUUGACCAAAAGAGCUGCUGAAGAGGUAUUGGAAGGAAUGGAAACAGUGUUAAGCCCAGAAGAUGCUGGUGUAGCAGAAAAGCUGGCAAAACAAUUAGCAGAUGUAGUUGAUAGGGACUUUUCUGAAGUGUAUGAUGACAAUGUCUCUUGCAAAAUAUCCUUCAUAAUGUCUUUAUUGGAUAAUUUGGUUCCGAAGGGGCAUAGUGUUCUUAUCUUUUCUCAAACUCGCAAGAUGCUCAAUCUUCUCGAGAAAUCACUGUUAUCCAAUGACUAUGAGUUCUUGCGCAUUGAUGGUACUACAAAAGCCAUGGACCGAGUGAAGAUUGUAAAUGAUUUUCAAGAAGGUAGAGGAGCUUCUAUAUUUCUCUUGACAUCUCAAGUCGGUGGUCUAGGUCUUACACUUACCCGAGCUGAUCGUGUAAUUGUAGUAGAUCCAGCUUGGAAUCCAAGUACUGAUAAUCAAAGCGUUGAUCGAGCAUACAGAAUUGGGCAAAAGAAAGAUGUUAUAGUGUAUAGAUUAAUGACAUGUGGGACUGUUGAAGAAAAGAUCUACAGAAAACAGGUUUAUAAAGGGGGAUUGUUUAAAACAGCAACAGAGCACAAAGAACAGAUACGGUACUUUAGUCAACAGGAUCUUCGGGAGCUUUUUAGUCUUCCAGAAGAGGGAUUUGAUACAUCUGUCACACAACAACAAAUGCAUGAGGAACAUGAUCAACAACUUACAAUGGAUGAAUCUUUGAGAAGCCACAUAAAGUUUCUGGAGACUCAAGGUAUUGCAGGAGUUAGUCACCACAAUUUGCUGUUUUCUAAGACAGCUCCAGAGCCGGUGUAUGCAUUGGAGGAAGAAGACACGUCGUUCAGGAGGAAUAGAGAGUUUGGAUUCAGAGACAGACCAACAUCAAGUUCUUCAUCCAAUCAUGAUAUAAACGGAGCAAGGUAUGCUUUCAACCCAAAGGAUGUGAUGUUAAAUAGAUCUAUCACAAAUUCAAGCAGUCCAGGCAAACCUACGGCAAAGGAAAUCGAAUAUAGAAUCAAUCGGCUGUCUCAAACUCUAGAAAAUAAGGUUCUUAUCUCAAGAUUACCGGACAGGGGGGAAAGAAUUCAUAAGCAAAUUGAUGAAUUGAAUUUACAACUUUCUGAAUUAAGAAGAAAAGAACAUGAAAGUGAAGUCAUCGACAUCACUGACGAGUUUCAGAAGAUUUUGAAUGUAUAGAUGGAUUAUAUUUUGAUGUGUAGAUUGAGAUUUCUUUCACGAGCGAAGUUUGGGACUGACCAGCUAUUCAAACUUUAUAUGGUAUCUAUUUUGAGGCAACGAUCCAGUUUUUAUUA